ACACCGAGUCACCAAGCGAUCGAGUCAUCAUUCAUUUGUAGCCGGCGACCAGUUCAGCAAAACCUCCGUGUUCAUGGCGAGGUCGCCGUUCGUUCCGAUGGAGGCGAGGGAGCAAGCGGGCACCGGAGGGGGAGCAGAGGCGGGCAAGGGCCAGGCGCCCCACCAGGCCCGGGAGGAGGAGCAGGAGGCGGCGGUGCUGCUGGUGCACAGCCAGGUGCGGCGGAUCAAGCGGGAGGACGAGGAGAUCAGGGAGCGCCUCCUCAAGCUGCGGCUGCUGGAGACCAGGCCCGCCGGCGGCUUCGUCUGCGACCCCGUGGCGUGGCGGGCCUCCCGCUCGCUCUCGCCGCUCCGCCGCGCCGGGAACGGCAUCCCCGUGGGCGACUGAUCGAGCGUAGCAGGAGUAGCUCGAGUUUCCUGAGAAGCUGCAGUUACCAGCAGCUAGCAGCCUGUUGUAGAUAGAUACCUAGCCACCUAGUCAUCGUGCCUGUCCAUGUUCUCGUGUACGUUCAUGGGAUCGGAGCUUAAGUAGAUGGCGGUAAGGGUGAUGGCAGCGUCACCAUGUUUGGUACUCCGUAGCAGUAGCAUGCUCUGUUCUGUCUCCUCUUGUUCUUUGUAUAUAUGAGAAGAGUAGUUUUUACCAUGUC